AUGAAUCAGACUGCUUUUAUAAGAGGAAGAAACAUUAUUGAUAAUUCACUCCUUGCUCAAGAAAUGGUCAAAGGAUAUGGCAGGAAAGUUAUUUCUCCAAGGUGCUCCAUGAAAAUCGAUCUUCAUAAGGCUUUCGAUUCCUUGCAUUGGGGCUUCAUCUUAUCAAUCCUUCGAGCCCUUCAAUUCCCUAAUAUUUUCAUUGAUUGGAUUGUAAUAUGCUUCACCCAAGCCAGGUAUUCUAUCUCCUUCAAUGGAUCUUUAACUGGUUAUUUCAAAGGAGCAAGAGGGCUCAGACAGGGGGAUCCCAUCUCCCCUUAUUUGUUCGUUUUAGCCAUGAACGUCCUUUCAAAUAUGCUCAAUUUGGCUGCUGCUAAAGGCAUUUUUGCUUUCCACCCAAAGUGUAAGAAGAUUGGGCUAACUCACAUUUCCUUCGCAGACGACCUCUUGAUCUUUUGCAAAGGCAAUGUUGAUUCGGUGAUUGGUGUCCUAAGUGUUCUUGAUCACUUUUACCAAAUUUCUGGGCUUAAUCUUAACUCUUCAAAAAGUGAACUCUUUGCAGCAGGUAUUUCUUCAAGGACAUUAGAUCUUAAACUCUUUACUGGGUUUCAAGAUUGGGUCGUUGCCUGUCAGAUACCUCGGCAUUCCUCUCGUUACAAGGAAAUUAACUGCCAAAGACUGCGAGCCUUUACUCGGCAACUCAUACUUCUGCUUCCAUUCUUAAAUCUGUGGAUCAACUCUGUUCCAGGUUUUUCUGGAAAGGAGCUGAUACUUCAGCACAAAUCCUAUGUCCUAAAGGAGCACGAUUUCUGGACUUUUGCAGCUGGAUCUAAUGUCAGCUGGAGCUUUUGUCGAAAUCUCAAGUUGAGAUCUAUUGCUUUCCCUAUAGUCUCGGCUGCUCAUCACCGAUCAGGAAUUUGUUUCAUGGAUGGCCUUAUUGAUCGGUUACCAACCAGAGACAGGUUGCAGAAAUUGGUUUAUGUUCUGAUUCUACAUGUGUUAACUGCUGUCAAGAUCAAGAAUCGCGAGAUCACCUCUUCUCUCACUGUCCUUUUGCUAUCGGACUUUGGAAAGCAUUUUACAACUGAACGAUAUGACUAUUACUCCUCUUACUUGGGAACUAUAUCUUGGGGCUAG